UCCGUUCUUCUUCCUCACUGACUGACUCGUCUCGCUGCUCUCUGCCCAUUGAUUCCCUCUUCUCUUUGCUUGCUUUUUCCUCGCACUCUGUGUUCCAAAAGCCAAAGGGAAAGACAAUUCUCUCAAAAAAGUCAGUCAAGAAAGUAGUACGUACGUUCAUGGCUUCCCUGUCUUCCAGUACUCGUGCACCCAGUGCUCCACCACCGUUUUACUUUGAUGAGAAAUGGAAACUUUCGAAGAAAGAAGGCUCAUCUAGAAGCCGCUCCUCGACUACUCCUUUCAUGAAGACUUCCCCGCAGAGGAGGUGUGCUUUUACCAGAAAGUGCGCUAGGCUUGUGAAGGAGCAGAGGGCAAGGUUCUACAUCGUGAGGCGCUGCGUGACCAUGCUCAUCUGUUGGAGAGAUUAAUUAUAGUGAUUCUUACCAUGGUUGAUGAGGGUCUCGCACUGUUUUUUUCGUCCCCUUCACUUGGACGCUUUUAAUUCUACGAGAUCGUUCUCGGGUAUGAGUAAAAUCCCGGUUUAGCAUUUUCUUGGCAUCCGAGGAGGAAGACUGGAAGAGGAAGAGGAAAGUCGUAUACUUGUAUAUAUAUAUUUUUCCCCCUUUUAAUUUUGUUUUUUGGCUUAGAUUUUUUGGGCUCUGAUGUCCAAGAAAUGAGGCGGGUGGUUCUUGAUCAUGUUUCUGUUGCUUUCACUGUUUCCGGUCUCAAUCAGAGAUUUGAAUUGAAAGAGAAUGAAUCGAAGAUAUCUUCAGCUUCUGAAU